AUGAGCGCGCGCCGCGGCCUGGCCGUCUCCUCGGCUUCGGUGAGGGUCGGCUUCCAGUUCCGGACCCAGCAUUCGCAUUCGCUGGAUCCGUUGUCCCGUUUCCGUGCCCUCGCUGAAGCCACCCAUGUCAAGCCAAGGACUCUGAUCACCGGCUCGUUCGGGCAGCUGGGCCGUGGCUUGGGAUCGAUGCUACGUUACAUGUACGGCGAGCAGUACGUCUUCAUGACCGACAUCGUGCGCGUUGACCGAAAUAACCCGGAUGCCGUGAACUAUUCCUUCCUCGACGUCACCAAUGAGAAGGCGAUCGAAGAGAUGGUCGUCAACAACAAUAUUGAUACACUGGUUCACUUCUCUGCGCUCCUUUCUGCUGUUGGCGAAAACAAUGUCCCGCUCGCCAUCGAAGUGAAUGCGAAUGCCUCGAACAAGAUCUUGGAGGUUGCUAGAAAGCAUCGGCUGAAGGUAUUCAUCCCCUCGACUAUCGGCGCCUUCGGCCCGACUACCCCGCUCGAUCUCACACCGGAUAUCACUAUUCAGCGCCCAAGGACCAUCUACGGCGUCACAAAAGUCUACAACGAAUUGCUUGGCGAAUAUUACGCCGAACGCUUUGGAGUCGAUUUUCGUUGCUUGCGCUUCCCGGGCAUCAUCUCGGCUACAAAGCCAGGCGGUGGUACCACUGACUACGCCAUCCAAAUCUUCUACGACGCCUUGAUCCAUGGAGAGCACAAGUGCUACCUCGAGCCCAAUACUCGCCUGCCGAUGAUGUAUGAUACUGAUUGCAUGGCCUCUAUUGUCUUUUUCUUGGCGGCCCCGCAGGAGCAGCUAUCGAUGAGGACUUACAAUGUUACCGGCUUCUCGUUCACGCCGGAUGAGAUUGCAGCCGCCAUUCGAAAAGUCAUGCCAGACUUCAAGAUCACCUACGAAAACAUCUGCCCGAUUCGCCAGAAAAUUGCAAAUUCUUGGCCAAAAGCCCUCGACGAUACCAACGCUCGCCGCGACUGGGGCUGGCACAAUGACUUUGACCUCGACUCGACCGUUAAUAUCAUGUUCGCCCUCCUGCAAGCCCAGAUGCACCCACAGGAGCACACCUUCGCCAAACUUCCU